AUGGGAAAUGAGAGACUUGACUGUGAGUUUGUGGAAUCUUACUCAGAAAGAUUCAUUACGACAGGAGAAGGAUACAAAAGUCAGUAUUACCUUCGAAGCGUGUCAAAGCUCCAAUCACUAAAAAAAUUAUUGCUUGAAACUAUAAAAACAAGGUGGACAAAUGUAAAAAUUGAUGAUUCUGAUCCAGAAGCCUAUAAAUUGGUGGAAUCCAUCAACUAUGUUAAGGGAAAGUGUGUAGUUAUAGGGACAAUUUUUAAACAAAUGAAGAAUCAUCCCUCACCCUUGGAUGAAUAUAUACAAAAGUUCGAUAUUAAGGUUGAGCAAAGAUUGGAAUAUACAGAUGAUGAUGAUUACUUAUUCCUAGAAGACCAUACGCAGCGCUUAGUUCUUGUAGGAAAUUGUUUGAACCCUCAUAAAUUCGUAUCCGGACUGGUGAUUGCAGUUAGAGGAUACAUGAAUGAUGAGAACAAGUUUGUUACUGAGGAUUACAUUCUGCCGGAAGUUCCAGAUACACUGGCACUUUACAACAUAAAGGACGAGGAGAAGUUUAUCGCACUCACUAGCGGGCUAGAAUUAAGCGGGAAAGAUCUCAAUUACAAGAGUUUGUUACUUUUGCAAAACUUUAUACUUGGAGAAUGUAAUAGCGAAUAUAACAAAAGAUUAGUAAGACUAGUAGUGGCAGGGAAUGGAAUAGGAAGAUGUGAUAUUGAGUCAUUGGAAAGAUCGGACAUUUUCUACGCGCAAUUGGCCUCAUCAGUUAACGUUGAUCUUAUGCCAGGUACUACGGAUAGGCCAAUGGAUCCAACCAACAGUAACCUGCCUCAGCAAGUAAUUAACCCGAUUCUGAUGGAAAAUAGUAAAAGAUAUGGGACUUUCAGGUCCACAACCAACCCAUACUUCUUCUCAAUUGACGGACUAGUUAUAUGGAAGGGUGUAUCAUCAACACAAUUUAUAAUUGAUCAGGUUAGAUUUCUAGGAGUAUCAGGCCAAACAGUGGAAGAUAUGUGUAAAUUCAGUAGACUAUCAGAACUUGAUGCACUUAAGCUCAUUGCAAGAUCAAGGUGCAUUGCUCCUACAGGAACCGACAGCCUUCCGAUUCACUCCGAGAUGGACGUGUUCAACCUUACCGAAGAUUCCGAAUACCCACACGUUUUUUUUACCGGAAACUGUAAAGAGUACGAAGUAGGAGAUUUCGGAACCUCAGGAACAACCAAACUACCGAAAUUAGUCUGUGUGCCUUCCUUUAGGCGGGAACCCACGUUGGUGCUCAUUUCACUGAGGACUCUGGAAGUUACCGCACUAAAAUUAACAUGA